GGGGUGGGGGAGGAGGGAAAGCGGCGAGUAAGAUGGAAGAUGAGGAGGUCGCUGAAAGCUGGGAGGAGGCGGCAGACAGCGGGGAAAUAGACAGACGGUUGGAAAAAAAACUGAAGAUCACACAAAAGGAGAGCAGGAAAUCCAAAUCUCCUCCCAAAGUGCCCAUUGUGAUUCAGGACGAUAGCCUUCCCACGGGGCCCCCUCCACAGAUCCGCAUCCUCAAGAGGCCCACCAGCAAUGGUGUGGUCAGCAGCCCCAACUCCACCAGCAGGCCAGCCCUUCCUGUCAAGUCCCUAGCGCAGCGUGAGGCGGAGUACGCUGAGGCCCGGAAGCGGAUCUUGGGCAGCGCCAGCCCCGAGGAGGAACAAGAGAAACCCAUCCUCGACAGGCCAACCAGGAUCUCCCAACCUGAGGACAGCAGGCAGCCCAAUAAUGUGAUCAGACAGCCUUUGGGUCCAGAUGGGUCACAGGGCUUCAAACAGCGCAGAUAAAUGCGUGUGGGAAAGGAUGCCGCCGCUGCCGCCGCCGCCUCUUGGGUCGUCCGCCACGGGUCGCACUGCUGUGGCAGACAGCUGGACUUGAGCAGAGGGAACGACCUGACUUACUUGCACUGUGAUCCCCUUUGCUCCGCCCACUGUGACCUUGAACCCCAUGCACUGUGACCUCCCUCCUUCCCCCCCCUUCCCACUGUGAUUGGCACGUCUACAAGGGCUGUCCCAAGUCAAUGGAAAGGGAAAGGGUGGGGGUCAGGGGAGGGUUGGGGGGACCCACGAAGGACUCAGAGUAGAGAGUCAGACAGUGCCACUUGGCCACUUGGGGUAAAGCCAGUGCCAGCAAUAACAGUUUAUCAUGCUCAUUAAUUUGGGAUUUCAAAACACAGAUGAGAAUUCCCGUCCACCCACCUGCAAGUGCAUGUCUUCAUCACUUAAAAGCAAGUUCCAUUUGAAAGUAUCCUUUCUUUUUUUUUUCUCUUUCCUAUUUUUGUUUGUUUAUACAAAUACCUGAUUUGCAAGGAAAAGUGCAUGGGAGGGGUUUUAGCAGUUUAAUGAAUUUUUAAUUGAGAAAGGGUAGUUUGGUAGUCUACUUAAAAAUGUUUCUGGGAAAUUCACUAGGAACAUUAACCAAUAGGACUUUGGUGAGCUUAGCUUCUGUAUUCCUACUGCCGCCCAGAGAAGGGGCAGGGCUCCGCAGCCCCCUGGACAGAUGAGCACCCCAUGCCUAUAUCUCCCUCCCUCAGCUGAGUCCCGGGGCAUCUAGGCCCUACGUGGAGACUGAGCUAGCUGUACGGGCUCAGAGAGCCUGGGGAGGGUGCCAACCCCACCUCUAGUAUUUUGGGAAAUAGGGAAAGUGAACAGACUUCCCCUUCCCAUACCCCUCAGGGUGGUUCCCUGCCAGCCAGGCUUGCUCCUUUUGGAAGAGAGCAGGGAGUGAGAUGCACUCCGGGCUCGGAAGUAAGGGAUGUGAGACUUGCUCAGUCUUGCUGAGACUUGCUACUCCGAGGAGAGCCAGGAGAGAGUGGCUCCAGGACUCUGAGCCUCCUGCCCAGUGUGCUCAGAAGGUGGCUAGAUCUUCCCACUCCAGCAAUGCUUAAACUCUCAAGGGUCUGUGGAGCACCAUCUCUGUUGAUGGCACCAGCUUGGUAACCAUGCCUGGUACAUUUCCUUUGUGAAAUCAUUACCUUGGGAGCUGACCAUUCAUUUGGGAAAAGGCAAGCUGUGCAUUGCAAAGAUUGGUGGUGACAGACUGGUUCCCCAUAGACCCAGGCUACCCUUCACCCAUUUUUCCAGAGCGAGGGCCUGGAAUGAAGGCAGUUUCCCCUCUGUCCCUAGAGCCUAGAGAUUUGCUUUGGCUCUUUAAGGUGGAAGAGGCUAAGGGCAACUGCGCAGAGCAGCUGUGUGUGUGUGUGUGUGUGUGUGUGUGUACAGUCGGGGUCCUCUCAGGCUUUCUGGUCUCUUCCGUUGCACUGCGCCUUAUCCCUCAGCCAGCCAGAUAGCCUCCCACUCAGCGGAUGAGUUUGGGAGUGGAUGGAAGGACGUUUUGUGAUUAGGGCAGCUUGCGGUGGCCAAGGUGACAAGCUCGGUUUUGCAGGCUCACUCCACCUUCGGUUCAUCUGGCUUUCAGCCUUGCCCUGUGGGAAUGUAGGCCAGGCCCAGCAAGCCGUGUCCCACUGCAGCUCCCACUGAGGAGGAAGGGCCAGCUGCCGUUGGAAUCGCAGCUAGUCCAUAGCACAGCCUUGUGACUGUGAGCAGCCGGGAACUUGUACGUGUGCAGAGCUCGGACGGAGCUUCGGUCAUGAGGAAGCCACAGGCUGCUGGGUUGUACCCAGAGGCUGUUGUGAGGGGGUGACCCCCAGCAGUGGGCAAGGAAGAAGGUCGGCUACUGUCUUUAUAGCUCCGCUGCCCUGUGACCAAGUUUCCUCCUUCUGGAUGCAGUGUCCAGCCCUCAUGUAAUAGUGGUUUCUGGCCCGAGAUGAGACUGUCCUUUCAGUUGGAGAAGGGCACAGAGGUAGGCCAGGUGGCAUGGCCAGGAGUACUGAUUGCUCAGCCAAUGGGACCACCUGUUCUUGCCCCCCUCUCCCGUAGCGGGAACCAAAAGGAAGGUCAGCUGAUGGGUGUCUGUGGAUUGAGGAUGUAGUAGGGACUGGUGUUCCCACCUCCCUCUGGCCAAAGAUGGGGCUUUGCCCGCUGUGUGCCUGCCACCACCCACCAGCAGUUGUACCCUUGGCUUCCCAGAUGGAGAGGUGGCAGGAAAUUUUUAAAAAGAAAGAAAGAAAUGAAAACAAGGAACUGUAUUAUGUUGGGGGGAGGCGGGAGGGGAGAUGGGAGAAUGGUUUGGAUUUUGUGUGUCGGGGGGUUUUUUUUUGUUUGUUGGUUUUUUUUUUUUUUGGUAGUUGUCUGUAACUUUCCUUAAGUGCGCCUUUUUUUUUUUUUUUUUUUUUUUUUAAAGUAAGCUGCAGGCUUUGGCUUGGAAAACCCCAGGGGGGUGGGGGUGGGGCAGAAACCUGAGGCUGCUGCCCCUUUAUCUGCCUUCAUGGUACUGUCCCCUUCCCCCAGCUCCUCCUUGACCCCAUGAGCCAGGCCUCAGACCUUCCAGCUAACCGCUUCCCAUGAGCCACUACUCUGAUGUCAGCCUAUAACCAAAGGAGCUGGGGGUCCAGGCCUGGUGACCAACCCUUCUCAGCCCACUCAAUCAGGGUGCUCCCCACCUGCAGGCAGGAGGCAACACCCUAUCUGCUACCAUCAGCCCUUUCCAGAGCCCACUGCCCCGCCCCGCCCUGCCCUGUCCAGCCCGGCCAAACCCUGCUCUGCCCCAUGUGGGUAUGCUCUGCUCAGGGAUGGGCCGGCAGGGCUGCCCCAGCCUCCCUGGUAAGCAGAGACUCUGGAAACCUCUGGGGUCCUGUUUUCUGGUCGUGUGAUCCAGGGGUGCACAUGGGCCCCUUGGGUGUCUGAACAGAAGGGCAUGGGAGGGAGGGCCGCAUCCCUGCAGUCCUGCUCUGCUGGUCUAGCGGGCAGCUGCCUACCCCCCGCACCCCGCACCGCGGGCUCCUGAGUCGGCAGAUUAAGCAUUUUAUAAAUUGUAUUUUAAAUACAUGUUUUAAACUUGUCA